UAUUGCAGGAGCAGGAAGAGGAGAGCGAGAGAGACAGAGACAGAGACAGAGAGGCGGCCCGGGACGAGUCUAGGAGAACGUCUCUUCGUCACUGGUCUUCUCUUCAGGUGUUCUGAUGUGAGGGAGAGAAGAGAAGGGCGAACGGAAGAUGUGAUCCCCGUCAGAAGGCGCCUUUUGGACGGGAGGUGUUGAGGUGUUCGUCUCCAGGGAUGCCGAGGCUGUGGCGCAAGCGAGGGCGGUAGACACGCCCUUCACACUUCUCUAAAGACGACCCUUUAAAGAAAAUUCGGAGAUGUGUGGUGUCUCCUGAAGGUGGGGACGUGCGUGUGUGCGUGUGAGUGUGCACAGGUCGGCCCCGCGUGAGGAAAGGAAGUACAGGUCAUCGGCAAGUGUGUUAUCGAUCUGAUAGCACCUAGUGGCGGCGGCGGCGGCGGCAGCGGUGAAGGAGGAGGAGGAGGAGGAGGAGGAGUUGGUGGCGGUGUUGGUGUCGUCGUUGAUGGUUAGGUGUAGCGAUGGAGGUGUCGGCGGCCUGGUGGUGACAUGGGACCUGGUGGGGGAGAGCACCAGCCUGGUUAACAGCGGCGCGCGACGGUGCGGCGGACGAUCAUGCUGGCCACCACGAGGUCCACAGCGCCCCUUCACUCGCUGCUCAACACUUCCCUCCCCGCCAGCCUCGUCCUGCAGCCGUCCGAGGCCGCCCAUAUCCUGGCUCUGGACGCCUACGAGCCAAUGGUAGGGAGUGGAUCAACGCCGGUGACGGUGGAGGCGGUGAACCUGACGGCGGGCGAGGGGAGCGACGUGACCACCGCUGAGAAGGAGGAGGCGCCCGUGCUGGUGAGUCGUGUGCUGCUGGUGCUGGUGCUGCUGCUCAUCAUCAUCGGGACCGUCAUUGGCAAUUUACUGGUCUGCGUCGCCGUCUGCCUCGUCAGAAAACUGAGGCGGCCAUACAACUACCUGUUGGUGAGCCUCGCGGUGUCGGACCUGUGCGUGGCCCUGCUGGUGAUGCCCAUGGCACUCCUGCUGGAGCUGUUGGGGGAGUGGCAGUUCGGUAGGCUGGCGUGUGACGUGUGGGUGUCGUUCGAUGUGCUGUCAUGCACGGCCAGCAUCCUCAACCUGUGCAUGAUCAGCGUGGACCGCUACCUGGCUAUCACCAAGCCCCUCGAAUACGGCGUGAAGCGAACGCCGCGGCGAAUGGUGGCGUACAUCGCCUUUGUGUGGUUAGGCGCCGCCUUCAUCAGUCUGCCGCCCAUCCUGAUACUAGGCAACGAGCAUGGCGACGGCUCCAUCUGCGAGGUGUGCAACAACUUCUGGUACCAGAUUUACGCCACCUUCGGCUCCUUCUACAUCCCGCUCACCGUCAUGGUCAUCGUGUACUACAAGAUCUUCUGCGCCGCCAAGAGGAUCGUCAACGAGGAGCGCAAGGCACAGGCGCACCUGCGGCUGGUGGAGGAGGCUGAGGCCGACGCCCGUGCCGCCUCUGCCGGGCUGGGCUCCUACACGCAGCUGCGACCUGUGUCCAAGUACAGCGUGGGUGGAGGUGAACAAUGGCGGGGUGGAGACCAAGCUGGCGGCUGAACCUCCAACACUCACCAACAGGGACGAGACGGGCAGCCUCUUGGGGCCCGGACAGUCCUCACCACCUCGAGGUACCCUCUCGCCUCAUGGCCUGCGGGUCGUCCCUCUCCCUCCGCCGCCUCCGUCGGGUCCUCUAGCGGGUCCCGUUGGUCGCUGUGUGAGACCAACGGCAAGCCACACCCGCCGCCUGCAGCCCGCACUUCUAACCAACAGUCGCGCAGCAGCAGUCGCAGCAGCAGGCGCCGCACGCCCACCACAACUUUUACAACGCCUGCCAGUCCUCCAAUAACGGGUCUGGCGGCGGCGACCACUCGGGCUCCCCGCGCAAGCGAUCCCAGCCCACCAAGAGCAGGUUGAAGUUCGCCCUCGCCAAGGAGAGGAAAGCGUCCACUACCCUGGGCAUCAUCAUGAGCGCCUUCAUCGUGUGCUGGCUGCCCUUCUUUGUGCUGGCGUUGGUGCGGCCCCUUCAACACGCCCUCGCCCAUCCCCUCCUGGGUGUCCUCGCUCUUCUUGUGGCUAGGAUACGCCAAUUCGCUCCUCAACCCUAUCAUCUACGCCACUCUCAACAAGGACUUCAGAAAACCCUUCCAGGAGAUUCUGUGCCUGCGCUGCGCCUCCCUCAACCUGCUGAUGCGGGAGGAGUUCUACCACUCGCAGUACGGAGGCCCGGACACGCCCACGCUCUCCGCCAUCAGGACGCAGCCCGUACACCAGACCAACUCCUCCGAGGUGCAGCUCAACCUGGCCGAGCCCAACAUCUGCAUCACGGAGGAGGAGGCACACGAAUCCCGCAUCUGAGGACAGGAAGAGGAAGGGUUGCUGGAUUAGGAGGAAUGCAGUCUCUUCUCACUCUUCCCUCUCUGCUGAUUACGUGUCAUGUGUGUCGCUCCAGCUCAACUCACCUCCCGGUCUUACUGCUACUGCUGCUGCUGCUACUACUGCUAAUGCUCCCGCUCCUGCUCCUGCUGCUGCUGCUGCUGCUGCUGCUGUGGGUGGUGUUACGGUUAUUGCUGUUGUUACUGUGGUUGGUUAGCGUAGUCGUGAUGGCCGCCACACGCUGCACGCGCCAUGUGUCGAGUUGUACCGUGCGCUGAGCUGGCUAGGCAAAGCAUUGUGAACUGUCAGGUGACGUGCUCGUGUGUGUGUGUGUGUGUGUGUGUGAUGUGUGUGUGUAUGGCAGACAGCCAGACAAAUGAUAACUUUGCAUCACAGAAGUUAGAUAAUAUAAUAACCUAGUAACAUCAAGAACAGAUCCAGCUAUAAUAAUAAUAAUAAUAAUAAUAAUAAUUAGCAUGUCAUGACAGCUUCGCCCAUACAAACCUGACAACUACUAGAACAACAACAACAGCAGCAGCAGCAGCAGCAGCAGCAGGAGCAAUAGCAGCAACAAAAAAUUGCAGUAGAAUUAGAGGGAAAAAACGAAAAAAAAGGAAACAAACCAGAAAAAAAAUACAAAGAAGAAAACAAUGAAAAUAAACGGAAUGAUAAUUAAUUAAAUACAAUACCCAAGGAACCAUCUGCAGCAGGAUGAGGAAGAAAGAAAACGAGUAAAAGAAGGAGGAAGAAAGAAAACGAGAAGUAGAAGGAGGAAGAAAGAAAACGACGAGGAGGAGGAGGAGGAGCUUAGUGGGGCCACGCACUUUUCUGACGUCACGGGUCUCAUGCGGUGCUCGAGAGAGUGGGACGUGGCCGCAGGAGGAGGACGAGGAGGAGAAGGAGCAUACGCCCACUCUCACCCACGCAGCCUCAGUGUUAUUAUUAUGUUCAGUGUCUCCAACAGUAUUAGAAGAUUCGAGGUGCUUCACAUCCUAAUACGUAUAUUACCACAGCUACGUACUCUGCAUGUGUGUGUGUGUGUGUGUGUGUGUGUGUGUGUGUGUGUGUGUUUCAGUAUUUCUCGUCUAGGUGUUGUUUCCAUAAGUGUUUCCACAAUGGCCGUGCAUCUGCAACACCAUCACACUCCCACCUCGCCUCUCAGUGUGUCGUGUUGUGUCGUGCGAUAUUGUGGACGAAAUUGAGGAUGGGCGACUAAGCAGUGAAAGCCUCCACCCACCACCACUCACGAGGACAGGAUUCUACACACACGCAUAACGUCCCUGAGGAGGAGAAAAAAAUAAUGAUGUAAUGUAUUUGUGUGUAAAUGUUAACCAAGACUUUGACAUGGAUUGAUUCCCUUAUAUACACGUGAAGUUCUCCCCGCACCCAUCACGCCACCUCGACCACACCACCUCCACCACACCACCUCUCCCAAGUGUUCCUCCUCACCGCCACAAAUGUCAACAAAACCAAAAAUUCUAGACCAAAAGUAAGUAAUUUCGCUCGUUCGUUCGGUCGUUUGUAUGUAUGUACGUGUGUGUGUGCGCGCGUGUAGGUGUGUUUGAUAUUAAGAGUGAGAAAAAAAAGAAAAGAAAUUAAGGUGGAAAUUCAUUGACCAAAAGCGAAAUUAUAAUACAGAAUAUGACUGGAAUUUGAAAGGAAACAUGAUUGAAAUUGUAUGGAAUAGAAAAUGAACGAUCUCUGUGUACCAGACUCUCCUACAGCAGAUAAACGUACACAUGAACGUUACAGCAACAGGCGUGAGUAUGUACGUAAUCCCCACACGCACACAAGAUUAACACAGUAUUACAUUAUUCAAGAAACCGGACAAAAAAAAAAAAAUAAGACAUAAGAAGUAUUUUUAAAAGUACGUGACAAUUUAAGGUAGUGUGUGCAACUCUCUCCGUUUUCUGUGAUGGAGGGAACGUGAAGCGACAGGAAUAAACUUCUCGAAGCCUCGGUGCUGGGAUUCGAGGCUGAAAUGAACGAGCAGAUGGAAUGAAACGGUUUACUUCCACUGACUCACUUCAAUGGAGAGGGAAAAAAAAAAAAAAAAAAGAGGAGCAGGAAAUAGAAAAGAUAAAACUUGAAAUACGAGGGAAAGCUUUUAAUUGAAGCAAAGACAGUGUUGUUCUAUAUGGUGCUAUCAAAAUGUACGUACGUCCCUGUAAAGAAAAGAAAAAAAAAAUGACAGUGAAAAAUUAACCGAAAAGUAUCCAGUAAAACAAGAAAGAGAGAGAGAGAGAGAGAGAGAGAGAGAGAGAGAGAGAGAGAGAGAGAGAGAGAUGAGAUUAACCUUAAAAAAAAGCGAGGAUGUGAAAUAGUGACGAUGAAAAAGUGAGGUACAUUUUUCAUUUUUCCUCACAACUAAGUAAAAUGAUUCUCCGUGAAAAAAAAAAAUGUAAUGUGGUUGUACAGUUAUAUGAUUCGGUUAAGAAUGAAGAAAAAAAAACUACAAUUAGAGAAAGUUAUAUAUAUACGAAAAGCUCCCGCAAGCCUCGUGAGUGUGUAUGUGUGUGUGUGUGUGUGUGUGUGUGUGUGUGUACAUACAGUAGCUCCAGUGUUCCUGAAGUAGAUGUAGCAGCGACGAGAAAAAAAUAUUUUGCCUGUAGUGUUGGUUUCUUUGUCUAAGGCUCUACCUGGGUACAUCUGUGAUUAGUGGAGGUGUUAGAGAGAGAGAGAGAGAGAGAGAGAGAGAGAGAGAGAGAGAGAGAGAGAGAGAGAGUCACCCCAUCACCUAAUCAGCCCAUCAUCAGCUCAUCUCAGUUCAGGUAGCAAGGCGGUACACGCUCCUCAUAGGUAUGCUUCAAGUGUCCCACAAGUUUACCCUCGGGUGCUUGAUGUAACUCGCGGGAGGGAAGCGACACUGCUGCUGCUAGUUAAUUAAACGCUCGUGGCUGGCAAUCUGCGAGGUAGAUAGACUUCGCGGGGGAUUGGGGAGGGAGAGGGGUUUGGUAUCUGGGCUCACGACGCGGCAACAUAGACACGACGCGGCAACAUACACCCCUUGUCGCUGUUUCGUCUUUCACCGCGAUAUCUGGGAGUGGAGAGUAACUGGGGCGGGUGUGUGUUAAUUCAUCCCACGGCGCCCGGCUGUCUGAGCAGUGCAGUAGUGGGUAUUCACGUAAUACGCUGGUGCAUUCAAGAACGAUAUGUUGUAAUGAAAAUCUUGUCACUUUUUGGGGAAUCGCCUGUUAUAUUUUCUUUUUCUUCUUCUUCUUCUUCUUUUUCAUUUUUGUGGCCUUGCCCUGUUCCAAGUCGCACAGAAAACUAAGGAGAUAAAGUGACAAGACUGAGCGAAGGCAGCUAGAGAAGCAGAACGGAGAGCGUGAAGCACCAAGCAGGGAGGGGAGGGGGAGCCGGGCCGAGCAAUAACAGGCUCCAGUGGCUCACUCGGCGAUCUGAUGGGAUGAUGCUGGCCGAGUGUUCACAGCUGUCACUGGGUCACCUCGCCGCUGCCUAGCCUCGUAGCUGUUGCCCACCGCCAGUAUAGUAUUUGUAUUGUGAACGAGAUAGAAUUGGCAGUGUCGCUGGUCUCGCCUGAAACUUAAGGCGGGAAAAUUGCGCUUCUGCAGUUGAAGUUACAGCAAAGUGUAAUGAUGAUGAAGCAGUUCCUCAGCAGUGUGUGUCUAGUCUCGCAUAACGUCGUGUCAAAUUUCGUUGCUGCCAGUAUUCACGUAAAGUAUGCCAGCCGAAAGACGGCGCGUAGUCGAUAUACUUAAGUUUACUAUGCUGCAGGUGUCGUUGGCGUGCACCAAACUAAAGAAUACAAGUAUAUGGUGUUGUGUACCCGAAACUAAAAGACGGUAAACAGUGCAACGCGAAAAAUCAAGCCUAGUCAGUAUUUCCAGCAUUGCUACUCUGUGACUGGGAAUGACGCUCUACCAUGUACUUGGUAUGUUAUUUUUGUGCGUAUACGAAGCAGAUGAAGCCCUCAUACAAAAUUAACAUGGCUGCCUGCAGUUAAGAACAUAAUUGCGUUUUGAUAUCCCUUGAAGGUCGCACUCCAUUAGAGGUGAGUGGAGGUGUUUUCACAGCCCGACACUUCACCCACGUUAACAACACCGCUGACCACGCACUCUUCCUUCUAAAACAUAUGAAGGUCAAAAAUCACUCAAAGUCAAGUUUGGACACAGAUAACCCAGUCUCUUUCUGUUUAAGGUAACAAAAUUAACUUCUACGGAGUAUGAACAAUAGAAAAACAUAUAUAUGACAUUAGCUCCAAGCCGUUCCGCCAUGAAGCACCUCAUUUUAUCGGUGACUAGAAUUCCUUGUCAUAGGUACUGACUCCUUCGCCAGUAGUCAGGUGCUCGCAGGGCUCCGCGUGACUUUUCAUUGGGAAGCAUUCAUCCUUGCCUCCUGAACACUUGCCUGGGAGAAAAUGGUGCUUGGAUGUGUCUCCAGCACACUGGGACUCUUGAAGCACGCCUCUUGGGCUACUGCUGUGUGUGAGGGACUAAGGGCCAGGAUGAUGUGUGUGUGUGUGUGUGUGUGUGUGUGUGUGUGUGAACAUCUCCAAGAGAGAGAGAGAGAGAGAGAGAGCGAGAGAGAGAGUCCUCGUUUCAUGUUGUAGCAGGUCACCAUUGUCAUGCCUCCUUCCUUCCUCCCCGUCCUGCCAUUCACGCCCGAAGCGGAGAACGAGCUGCAGCAUUAUUUUUACCCUUCUUCCUCCUCCUCUUCCUGCAGCGUGGAGGUAUGGAGGCACGGAGGAAAGAGUCGCUCACUGCAAGGAGUACUAGUCAGCGAGGCGCUCAAGGCCAUGACUCCCUCUAGUCGACUUUGUUUUAAGUUUGGUUUACCUUCUCCUUGCGUGAGGCCUGGAGGAGGGGCGGGGAGGAGCGUGCUGGGGGUCAGACGCGUGGGGGCAGUAUGAUGGUGCCCUGUGUGUGUGUUUGUGUGUGUGUGUCUCGGAGACGAGGUGAGGUUGACGUGUGUACGCCGGGUGGAGCGCCACCUCUGUUGUGUGUACAUAGUGACUGUGUGUCGUCGCUCAGUAGCUUUAGAUUCCCCGCGCCGUAGCGAGUAGACGGGCGAGUUGUGAUAAUACUCAUCUCUGCUAAUGAUGUGUAGUGAGGGCGGUGGUGGUGGUGGUGAUGAUGAUGAUGAUGAUGAUAAUGAUGAUUCCAUUUAUAAGAUAUUUGCUCAUGCUAGGGCAUUAGGAAGUCUGUUGUCGGGGCGGGGGCGCAGCUGCACUCCAGGCCGCGGAGUGCAGGCGCUCCCUCCCAUGGGUUAACUACCAAGUUACCUGCGCGCGCACAUCGUCACCUUCAGAGCGGCUCACCUCAGCGUCCGGCGCCGAGGCUCCUGUAGCUCCUUAGCUUUGCCGUGUUUCCGAUUUCACUCGUUUUUACCUCCAUGUUGACAGACUCCGGUGUGUUGCACGUCGCUUCAAUCAGGGCGGGGCGCGUGGCCGCCUCCGCCACGGCCCUGCCCGCGGUUUUUUUCAUUUCUCUCUCACUCCUGCACCCGGCUUCGUUGUCCCUCCUUCUCCUUAUCUUCACCACAUUGCGUCACUUCCUCAUCCUCCAGCCACGAGCGUUGCACGUGCUGCCGCCGCCAGGUGAGUGUCGCUCCUCGCCACCGCGUGUCCCCUCCGCGUUGUGCCGUUAAGUAACAAUAAAGUGUCGCCACACGACGUAACGGCAAAGACAUCCCAGGCCACAGAAGUGCGCGACGGGAAGUCUCCGCGAAGCCCUGCAGAUCAGUAGAGGCCUCACCCCAGCCCCCUGGAGCGUCGCCGCCCCGCCACACUCCGCCUCACCUUAACACUUAGAAUUAAUGAAGUUUAUGUACAUUAAAUAUGUGUAUGCACGUAGCCUGAGCCACGCUGCCAUCUCGCCGCGCUCUGCGGGAGGAAGGGAGAGCCGCGGGGCCAGCCAUCUGUGUGAGGUGCUGCUGUGUUGCCGCGCGACGCACCAGCGCUCACCAGCAAGCGGCCAGUGUGCGGGUUGUGGGGUCGUAAUGCGCAGUCUCACUAAAUCCCCCAGGCACGCCGCCUCCAGGACUGGGGCGGAGCGGGGCGGGGCGGAGCGGUGUGGGGUGGAGGGGAGUGGAGGACGCGUGGCGGGGUCUCGGGUAAGCUCAGUGGUUGAGUGAGGGUGACAGUGUCUAUGCCGUAACUUUUUUUAAGCUAAAGCAACCGGACUCAAGCAUGGUAUUGGUGUACGAGUAUGUGUACCAUAACAGUAACACAUAAAUAUACAUAGCCUAUUUUCAUUAUCUCAGCUGUAACUGGCAUAGAUGAUUAUAAACGUUAGCCAUGUUCAGUGUUUCUGCUCUGACGUGUGUGUGUGUGUGUCAGUGUGUGUGUGUCAGUGUGUGUGUGUGUAUGUCAGUGUGUGUGUCAGUGUGUGUGUGUGUGUGUGUGUGUGUGUGUGUUGUCUCCUGACGCUGAGGGGACGUCCAAAGGUGCAUUCACUCCCACGGUCACCCUCCCCAUGUCUCGUCUCUUCUCCCGCACUCUUCUUUUGCCUCCUCACUCGUCCCCUGAUUGGCUUCGUUACCAGCCGCGAUUACAGACUGAAAUUGGGCUACUUGAUUUUGAAUUAGGUACGACACCACCACCACCACCAUCACCAUCACCGCCAUCACUAUUUCUAUAAUGCACAACUGUUCUGUCUGAUUCACUUGAUUUUAAUUUUCCUGUUUUAUUUCAUUCUCUCUCUCUCUCUCUCUCUCUCUCUCUCUCUCUCUCUCUCUCUCUCUCUCUCUCUCUCUCUCUCUCUCUCUCUCUCUCUCUCUCUCUCUC